AUGUCUGCUGAACAUAUUCCUGCAUGGAGAAAAAUUGCUAUUAAAAAGAAAUUGGAUCUUGAAAAAGGGAAUGAUACUACAGAAGAUCCUUUAAAUGUUACGACGCAUUUGGCUACUGGAUCUUUAUCAAAGAAGGAAAAGAAGCGUAUAAUUAAAGGAGAAUCUUCAACGAAUAAUACUAAGAACAAGGUGUCGAAACCAUCGAAGACAGGUGCAAGCAAAAGAGAGAAGCUUCCAAAGGAAGAACGUGAAUCCAAAAAGAAUAAGGUUCUUAAAGAUCAACUACGUUAUUUGAUUGAAUUUUAUAGAAAGAAGGCAGAACUAGAAUUACCAAAGGAGCUUUAUGAGUUAGAGAAUGUAAGAAUUAAUUACCCUGAAUCAUCCAAGGAUGUAAUGGACGAUGCAACUGGGGUUGUGGAAAUUUGGAAGUUCUCUAAACAGAAACAAAAUUGGCUUAUCAAACAUUUCUUCAAUUUAGAUGAAGUUCCCUCCGAAUAUAAUGAUUUAUUGAUUACUUACUUUAAAGAUCUACAAGGAAGAAGUAAGGAUGAUCUUUCUAAAAGAUGUUUUGACAAAGUAAAUGAGUGGAAUGAAUAUAUGGCAAAGGAGGAUGAGAGAAUUGCGGCAAUAGUAAAUGGAGAUGAACAAGGAGAGAAAGAUUCGGAAAAACAACCAGAAGAAGAUGAAAAAAAGGAAGAUGAGGUGGAAGCUGAUAAAAAGGAAGAACCCGAGCUUGUGAUGCCAAAUAAAGAUGUGGUUAAAAGAUCGCAUCAAUUGUUGAAAAUUUGGUGUAACAGCGAAGAUGAUCUGUCAAACAUUGAAUUGAAAAAUUUCUCUGCAUAA